GCUGAUUGGCCACCGGCGAUAUUUGAAAGGAGGGGCUGGCGCGGAAAACGAAGGUUUCCUUUGGAUCUUGGCGGAGCGCUCAGACCGCCGCGUUAAGUCCUGGCCUGAGCCGGAGGGAGGCUUGUGAGGCGGUGGGGCCCGGGGAGACUGGCGAGCUGUGCGUACGGGCCGAGCUCUCCGGAGCCAUGAGGAGCCUCAAAGGAGCCGACUUCGGGGCCCUGCUGAGCAGCCAGAAGGGAGCUGCGGAGUUGCUGCCUGACUUGAAGGAGUUCCUGUCCAAGCCUCCAGCUGGUUUUCCAAGCUGUCGAUCAGAUGCUGAGAGGAGACAAGUUUGUGAUGCCAUCCUAAGGGCUUGCAACCAGCAGCUGACGGCCAAGCUGACUUGCCCUGGGCACCUGGAGAGCCUGCUGGCGCUGGCAGAGCUAGCUUGUGAUGGCUACGUGGCAUCGACCCCCCAGCGCCCUCCCCUCUACCUGGAACGAAUUCUUUACAUCUUACUGCGGAACGUUGCUGCACAGGGAAACCCGGAGGCCACGCUCCGUCUCUCCCAGCCCCUCCAUGCCUGCUUGAUGCAGUGUUCCCGCCAAGCUGCACCCCAAGACUAUGAGGCCGUGGCUCGAGGCAGCUUCUCUCUGCUUUGGAAGGGAGCGGAAGGCCUGCUGGCACGGCAGGCUGCGGUUUCCGCUCGGCUAAGAGCCUUGAGCUUCCUGGCGCUCUUGGAGGAUGGAAGUACUCCUUGUGAGGUUCCUCACUUCGCCUCGGCCACAGCCUGCCGAGUAGUUGCUGCCCAUCAGCUCUUUGAUGCCAGUGGACAUGGUCUGAACGAGGCGGAUGCGGAGUUCCUGGGUGAGCUGCUCUCCAGGCAUGUGAUCAGAUCCUUGGUGGGUGAGCAACAGGCCUCUCCUGGUCCUCUCUCUCCCCAGAGGGCCCUCUGCCUCUUGGAGCUCACCUUGGAACACUGCCGGCGCCUCUGCUGGAGCCGCCACCAUGACAAGGCUGCCGGUGCGGUGGCGAAGGCUCAGGGUUACCUCAGGAGCACCAGUCUGGCUCCCAGUCUCCAGCUGUGCCAGCUGGGGAUCCAGCUGCUGCGGGCUGGGGAGGAGGGGCCCCAGGCAGCGGCCGCGCUUCUGACCAACGCGUCCGCCGUCCUGAGGAACAGUCUGCAGACCCCGUCGCCCCCGCUGCGCGCCCUGUACGAGAGCUGUCAGUUCUUUCUGUCGGGCCUGGAGCGAGGCACCAAGAGGCGCUACGGAGCCAAUGCUCUUCUGAGCUUAUUUGCUUUUCUUGGAGAGUACCGCUCCCUUAUCCGGCAGCUGCGGGAUGGUGAUGUGUGUAGGGACUCCCCCAAGCAGCAGCAGUCCUUGCUUCAGACGCACUUUCAGGGCCUUCACCUCUACACUGUGGUGGUCUACGACUUCGCCCAAGGCUGUCAGGAGGCUGACUUGGCUGAGCUGGCCCAGCUCGUGGAGAGCUGCAGAUCUCUCGUCGUCUGGAUGCUGGAAGCCUUAGAGGGGCUGUCAGGCCAAGAGCUGUCUGACUACGUGGGGAUGACUGCCUCAGACACCAGUAACCUGGCCUACAGCUUCUACUGUCACAAGCUCUACUCUGAGGCCUGUGCCAUCUCGGAGCCACUGUGUCAGCGCCUGGGCCUGGCAAAGCCAGGCACUUAUCCCAACGUGCCUCCUGAAAAGUUGCACAGGUGCUUCCGGCUGCAUGUGGAGAGUUUGAAGAAACUGGGUAAACAGGCCCAGGGCUGCAAGAUGGUGACCUUGUGGCUGGCAGCCCUGCAGCCCUGCAGCUCUGAACACAUGACUGAGCCAGUCACUUUCUGGGUUCGGGUCAAGAUGGACGCGGCCAGGGCCGGAGACAAGGAGCUGCAGCUUAAGACUCUGCGAGACAGCCUGAGCGGCUGGGGCCCGGAGCCCCUGGCCCUCCUGCUGAGGGAGGAGCUGCAGGCUUACAAGGCGGUGCGGGCCGACACUGGGCAGGAGCGCUUCAACAUCAUCUGUGACCUGCUGGAGCUGAGCCCCGAUGAGACGCCGGCUGGGGCCUGGGCACGAGCCACCCACCUCGUGGAGCUGGCUCAGGUGCUCUGCUACCACGACUUUGCCCAGCAGACCAACUGUUCAGCCCUGGAUGCCAUCCAGGAAGCCCUGCAGCUCCUGGAGGCUGUGCGGCCCGAUGCCCAGGACGAGGCUCGGCUCCUGGACGAUAAAGCGCAGGCCUUGCUGUGGCUCUACAUUUGUACCCUGGAGGCCAAGAUGCAGGAAGGCAUUGAGCGGGAUCGGAGAGCCCAGGCCCCCAACAACCUGGAGGAAUUCGAAGUCAACGACCUGAACUACGAAGAGAAGCUCCAGGAAGACCGUUUUCUCUACAGUAACAUCGCCUUCAACCUGGUCGCAGAUGCCGCGCAGUCCAAGUGCCUGGACCAAGCCCUGGCCCUGUGGAAGGAGGUGCUCACAAAGGGGCAGGCCCCCGCCGUGCGGUGUCUCCAGCAGACCGCGGCCUCGCUGCACAUCCUCGUGGCCCUGUAUCAACUGGUGGCGAAGCCCCUGCAGGCUCUCGAGGCCCUCCUGCUUCUGCGGAUCGCCUGUGUGACACUGGGGGACCACGCGAAGGCGACUGGCUCCUCCUGCCACCUCGCCCAGCUCCUCCUGACCCUCGGCUGCCCUAGCUAUGCCCAGCUGUACCUGGAAGAGGCAGAGUCAAGCCUGAAGCACCUGGAUCCAAGCAGCGACACGCACCUGCUCCUCUCCCUGACCUGUGCUGUGCUGCGCAGCCAGCUCUCCUGGGCUCGCCAGGAGGUGACUGAGGGCAUCUCCCUGCUGCUGUCCGUCCUUGGGAAUCCCGCCCUCCAGAAGUCAUCCAAGGCGUGGUACUUGCUGCGUGCCCAGUCCCUGCAGCUGGUGGCUGUCUACCUCAGCCUCUCCUCCAACAGCCUCUCCGACACCCUGCGGGAGCAGCUCUGGGCCCAAGGCUGGCAGACGCCCGAGACGGCGCUCAUGGACUCCCACAAACUGCUCCGGAGCAUUGUCCUGCUGCUGCUGGGCAGCGACGUGCUCUCCGUUCAGAAAGGAGCCGUGGAGACAGCGUUCCUGGACUACGGGGAGAAUCUGGUACAGAAGUGGCAGGUCCUCGCGGAGGUGCUAAGCUGCUCGGAGAAGCUGGUCUGCCGCCUGGGCCGCCUGGGGAGUGUGAAUGAAGCUAAGGCCUUCUGCCUGGAGGCCCUGAAACUCACCACAAAGCUGCAGAUACCACGCCAGUGUGCCCUGUUCCUGGUGCUGAAGGCCGAGCUGGAGCUGGCCCGCAGUGACGUCGACCUCUGUCAGUCGGACCUGCAGCAGGUGCUCUUCCUGCUCGAGUCCUGCACAGAGUUUGGGGGGGUGGCCCAGCACCCAGACCCCACGAAGAAGAUCCACCUGCAGAAAGGGAAGCAGCAGGCCCGGGCACCCCGUGCUCCAGUGCCCUUGGAGGAGGAGCUCUUCCUCAGAGGCCCUGCGCUCGAGCUGGUGGCCACGGUCGCCAAGGAGCCGGGCCCCGUUGCGCCUUCUGCCAACUCCUCACCGGUUCUGAAGACCAAGCCCCAGCCCAGCCCCGGCUUCCUCUCCCACGGCGCUGCCUGUGACUGCCUGCUCUGCGCCAGCCCUGUGCUCUCAGCGGUCUGUCUGCGCUGGGUGUUGGUCACAGCAGGGGUGAGGCUGGCUGCGGGCCAUCAGGCCCAGGGUGUGGAUCUGCUGCAGCUGGUACUGAAGGGCUGCCCUGCGGCCUCCGAGCGCCUCAGCCGCGCGCUCCAAGCCGCCUUGAAUCAGAAAGCGCCCCCGUCCCCCGUCCCCAGCCUCUCGGAUGAGAUCUUGGCUCAGGCCUACACACAGCUGGCACUGGAGGGCCUGAAGCAGCUGUCGAGCAAAAGUCUGGGGAAGGUGUUCGAGUUGGGGCUGAAGUUUGUGGCAGUGCGGAUACACCAGCUGGAGCCCUGGCGAGCCAACCUGCUCCUGAUUCAGGCCCUUGCAAAGCUAGCCGGUCUCAACUGCUGCACUACCCAGCUUUUUGCAAACUCCUGGGGCUGGCAGCCACCCUUAGCUAAAAGUCCCCCGGGCUCAGAGCCUUCUAAGACUCAGAGCCACAAACAUUCUGGACGGGGGCGCCAGCAGUCAGCCCCUGCUCCCGUGCCCCUCCAUAAUGCCGCUCAGAAAGGCCUGGAAAGUGGAGGAGCACCCUGUACACCUAAGCCUCCAGGCCGGGUCCGGCCAGCUGGCCCCCGGGUUCCUUUCACUGUGUUUGAGGAAGUCCACCAUACAGAGAGCAAGCCCGAAGUUCCCCAGGCCCCCAGGGUACAACGGAGAGUGCAGACGCGCCUCAAGGUGAACUUCAGCGAUGACAGUGACUUGGAAGACCCUGUCUCUGCCGAGGCACAGCUGGCAGAAGAGCCUAAGAGACGGGGCACCUCUUCCCGGGGCAGGGGCCGGGGCCAGGCUCGGAAGGGCCCGGGCUCGAAGACGAAUGCCCUGCUUGCCCCAGAUAGUGCCCCUGGUCUGAGUGGCAGGACCCGGAGGGCCAAGAAAGCGGCCUUGAGACCGCAUGAGGAGCAGGGCCCCGAGGUCAUGAGGACCAUUCCUGAGGAGGAGCUGGCUGACCACACCUUGGAACUGAGCUUCGAGAUCCUGCGGGGCUCCGACGGGGAAGACUCGGCCUCAGGUGAGAAGGCACAGGCCCCAAGGCCUGAUGCAGCCAUCGGGGAAUGUGAGGUGCUAAGGCGAGACUCCAACAAGGAGGAGCUGCCCGUCCUGUGCCCGGACAAGGAGAGCGCAAAGGAACUUGGUCCCCGGAUCCGACAGCCCUCAGGCCCUGUAGCCAUUGGUCUCUCCGCCCUGGACUCCCUGUGUGACUCCCUGAGCGUCGCAUUCCGUGGGAUCAGUCACUGCCCUCCCAGUGGGCUUUAUGCCCACCUCUGCCGCUUCCUGGCCUUGUGCUUGGGGCACCGGGACCCCUAUGCCACUGCCUGCCUUGUUGCUGAGUCUGUCUCCAUCACCUGUCGCCACCAGCUGCUCACCCACCUCCACAGACAGCUCAGCAAGGCCCAGAAGCAUCGGGGAGCCCUGGAAGUAGCGGAGCAGCUACAGGGCCUGAGCCUCCAGGAGAGGCCUGGAGACGCCCCCCUGGGCCGCGUCCAGCGCCUCUUCUCCUUCAAGCCUUCAGGCUCCAGCCACUUCCCUCAGCCGGAGAAGGAGCACUUUCGGGAGCGCCUGGCACUGCUCCCCAGUGGGGUGACGGUGUGUGUGUUGGCCCUGGCCACACUCCAGCCUGGAACUGUGGGCGAUACCCUCCUGCUGACCCGGUUGGAAAAGGACAUCCCCCCAGUCACCAUGCAGAUCCCCACCGCCCACUGCAAGCUUCCUCUGAGUUCAGCCCUGAAAGAGUUCGACGCGAUCCAGAAGGAGCAGAAAGAGAACAGCAGCUGCACGGACAAGCGGGAGUGGUGGACGGGGCGGCUGGAGCUGGACCAGCGGAUGGAGGCUCUCAUCGCUUCCCUCGAGAAGGCCGUGCUGGGCUGCUGGAGGGGGCUGCUGCUGCCGGUCGCGGAGGGGCCCAGCCUCGCCCAGGAGGCCGCCCUCCUGCUGGAGCCACUGCAGGAGUGUGGCUGGAAAUACCCGGACCCCACUCUGCUGAAAGUCCUGCUCAGCGGGGCCGGCACCCUCACCCCACAGGACGUUCAGGCUCUGGCCGCUGGGCUGUGCCCAACCCAGCCGGAGCGAGCCCGGGAGCUCCUGAGUGCGGCCGUAGGACGUCUACAGGGCCAGACUGUCCCGAGCAGCAGGCACCUUGUGUUGGUGCUAGACAAGGACCUGCAGAAGCUGCCGUGGGAGAGCAUGCCCUGCCUCCGGGCCCUGCCGGUCACCCGGCUGCCCUCCUUCCGCUUCCUGCUGAGCUACUCCAUCAUCAAAGAGUCCGGGGCCUCAUCCGUGCUGAGCCAUGGGGUGGAUCCUCGAAGCACCUUCUAUGUCCUGAACCCUCACAACAACCUGUCCAGCACAGAGGAGCAGUUUCGAGCCAAUUUUAGCAGUGAAGUGGGCUGGAGAGGGGUCGUCGGGGAGGUGCCGAGCCCCGAACAGGUGCAGAGAGCCCUGACAGAGCAUGACCUGUACAUCUACGCAGGUCACGGGGCCGGGGCCCGCUUCCUGGACGGGCAGGCUGUCCUGCGGCUGAGCUGCCGGGCGGUGGCCCUGCUGUUCGGCUGCAGCAGCGCAGCCCUGGCUGUGCACGGAAACCUGGAGGGGGCUGGCAUCGUGCUCAAGUACAUCAUGGCUGGCUGCCCCUUGUUCCUGGGUAAUCUCUGGGAUGUGACAGACCGCGACAUCGACCGCUACACGGAGGCUCUGUUGCAGGGCUGGCUGGGAGCAGGCCCCGGGGCCCCCCUACUCUACUACGUCAGCCAGGCCCGCCAGGCUCCCCGACUCAAGUAUCUCAUCGGGGCCGCGCCUGUAGCCUACGGCCUGCCUGUCUCCCUACGGUAACAGCUCGCAGCCCUGACUCGCUGGGAGAAGCCGUCUGUGACGGUUCCAGCUCUGCACUUAGGCUCAACCUUCCAGAGAAAUAUUUUACAGUGAUUUUCCCCAGUGUUUUAUAUGAACUAUUUCCCUUCAAUUUAACCUUGUGUAAUAAAGAUAUUAUUUAAACUCA